GGGUCCCGGAAGUGUGACAUGGCUGUGGCAUUGCCGUCCUAGCUAUGUCUGCCAUUUUCAAUUUUCAGAGUCUGUUGAACAUAAUCUUGCUGCUUAUAUGUACCUGUGCUUAUAUUCGAUCCUUGGCACCCAGCCUCCUGGACAGAAAUGAAACUGGAUUGUUGGGUGUAUUUUGGAAGUGUAUCAGAAUUGGUGAGUGGAAGAUUUCUUAUGUUGCAGUGUGCUGUAUGGUAAUGGGCUUCAGCAUUCUCUUCAUACAGUAG